ACGUACACAGCUGAAGCAUACUGUACUGUCAAAGAUGUGUAAAACUAACCCAGCGUACUGUACUGUCUUUGGUACUAUCACCGAUAGAGCAAUUAGAGUAAGUUAUACAAAUAUCUGGUACUACUGUCUUUGGCUGAAGAAUUUCCGAAUACAUUUCCCGAGAGCCACCAGCUUUGCGGCGCAUGCCUAUAAACGAUGUCCUGGCCACCUCGUGACCACUCUGAUUUCAAGAAAUAGGGGUGACCUCUUGUUGCUAGAACAGUGGGAGAAUAGUCCAAGUUACCAUACAAAGAUGUCUGCUGAACCUGUUCGUGUUCUGGUGACCGGCGCUGCUGGGCAGAUUGCCUACUCCUUGUUGUUUGGCAUCGCCAAGGGAGAUGUGUUUGGCAAAGAUCAGCCAAUCACCCUGAUCUUGCUGGACAUCACCCCCAUGUUGCCAGUCCUGGAUGGCGUGGUCAUGGAGCUGCAGGACUGUGCCCUCCCACUCCUCAGAGAGGUCAUCCCCACGGACAAGGAGGAGGUUGCCUUUAAGGACCUGGACGCUGCUAUCCUGGUGGGCUCCAUGCCCAGGAGAGAGGGUAUGGAGCGGAAGGAUCUGCUCAAGGCUAACGUGGCCAUCUUCAAGAGCCAGGGGGCCGCGCUGGAGAAGUAUGCCAAGAAAACUGUCAAGGUCCUGGUGGUAGGUAACCCAGCCAACACCAACUGUCUGAUUGCAGCCAAGUCUGCCCCGUCCAUCCCCAAAGAGAACUUCUCCUGCCUCACCCGUCUGGACCACAACCGCGCCCGUUCUCAGGUUGGGAUGCGCUGCGGCGUGCCGGCCACCCAGGUAAAGAAUGUGAUAAUCUGGGGCAACCAUUCGUCCACUCAGUACCCAGACGUCCACCACUGCAAGGUCAACAUGGCGGGCAGCGACCUGGCCUGCUUCGCCGCUGUCAAGGACGAUGACUGGCUCAAAGGGGCCUUCAUUUCUACAGUGCAGCAGAGGGGUGCUGCGGUUAUCGCGGCCAGGAAGCUGUCCAGUGCCAUGUCUGCAGCCAAGGCUAUCUGUGAUCACAUGAGGGACAUCUGGUCAGGCACUCCUGAGGGAGAGUUUGUCUCCAUGGGUGUCUACUCCAGCAGUAACUCCUAUGGUGUCGCUGAAGACCUCAUCUACUCAUUCCCUGUUCACAUCAAGGACAAGCAGUGGAAGAUUGUGGACGGGUUGGCCAUCAACGACUUCUCCCGAGGCAAGAUGGACGCCACGGCAGCCGAGCUGGUGGAGGAGAGGGACACCGCCGUCACUUUCCUCAGCGCUUGACUACGCUCCCAGCCACGGCAACCAACCCGGCAACAGCACUUGGACGCAGAACCCAUACCUCCAGACUCGCGUCUGUGAUGCUGCAUUCACGUGCUACUCAGAACUUAGGAAACUCUGGAAUAUCCAACUUGGAAGUUCCAUAUGAACGGUUUAACUUCAUAUGUUUUACAGCAAUUUUUUUUUUUUUUGACCUGAGUUUCUGCUCAUUCUGAUAGCACAUGAACAUGGCAUGAUACACUCACUGCAGCAGCUCUGUGUCCAAAACAUUAAUGUUACACACUUCUGAACAGGUUAUCCCUGUUUGGAUGGUUACCAUGCUUACCAUGGAAUGGAGAAUUGUUAUGGGUAGUUGAUGCACCAGUAGUUACUAUGACAAUCAUUGUUCUACUGUUAAAUUGUUGCUCAGUCAGAACAAUAAAAUCAGCAAACAAUGUAUAGUGUUUCUAGAUUUAACUUAAUAUUUUUGUGAAACAACUCUUGGUUGAAUUAAUAUUUACCCUCAUUUAUUUGUUUUGUUUACUAUUUGGCAUUUUCCCAUUAUGAUAUUUGACAAUCUGAAUGUGAUCACCACCUGUAAUCCUAUUUAUAAUCGUAGCAGGUGGUUAUGGCAUAGUCCUGCCACUAGGGGUAGCACAUUCUAAUCUGUAAAACCCAGGACAGUAGUGUAUCUAUGGUUAAUUGUUUCAAACCUCUGGAUAUUAUCUCCUGGAAUCACUCCUGACGAAACAAUAAAACAUUUAUCCUCAAAUGA